AUGGCUGGAACAGAGGAAUUUGAAACAUACACAUUAGAUGAUGGUUCUGUUGUGUCGCUUUGUGACAGUAAUCUUGUGGAUUUCCAAGAUUUUUCAAUUCCAAGAUUUUUCAAACUGAAUUUGAAAGAGGAACUGUAUAGUGUUCGACUCCACUGUCUUUCCGAUGCCUCUAGACCCGAUUAUGGAGCAGUUUUGUACCUACGCAUUGUUGACGUGGAUGGUCUACUGAACGUCUCGUUUGUUGUUGGGAAGUCUAGAGUAAUGCCAACGAAACAAAUCACAUUGCUGACCAAUCAAUACAAUUUUGUUCCAAAUAUUUUUAUAUUUUCUAAGGUUGUUGACUGUAGUAAGGAAAGUCUUCCUUGUUUGAAUAAUGAUCCCACAUUUUUGAAGAUAUUGUCUGAAUGUGGAGUACCAUCAACAGUUGGGAUAAAUUGAUCCAUUGACACUUGAGUUAGCUGUGUCAAGCAAACUAGGGCCUAGAACCACUUGGGAAAAUAAUGGAAGUUAUCAUUAUAAAUAGCAAUGUACUGUCCAAUGUGCAUUGCCUAAUUUAUUGCUAGUCAUAUAGGGGUGACUUAAUUUCCCUCUUUCAGGGGACACUGCUGAGCAGGAUUGAUUGUAGGAAAUGCUAAUGUUUCAGAGAGUUUCCAACCUCUUUUGUUUGCCUUUUUCAAAUUGAACUGUUCUUCUAUUGGGUCAUGUAGGCCAGGAAUUUCGAUUGAUCAACAACGAAGAUAAAAAAUGAAAAUUUGAUUGAAAUACAAAUUUAAUGGGGGUGAAUACCCCUUUCCAUGCAGCCAUGACCACUUUGAGUUGUGUAUUACAAGUGAUUACAGCGACCUGUGCAUGAGUCAAUCUAAAUCUGAAUGGUGUUUCUUUAGGAGAGCAGCAGAUAUGCUAUUGCUCAAAGUAUUGUUUCUCACCAUCUUUUGGGAAGGAUUGGAUUAAUGGAAGUUGUGCAAACUUAUCCUAACCAAUGCAAGAGGCAGUUUAAAGUUGAUAUUGAAGAUGAUUUUGAAGAAAGCUGA